AUGGGCGGCGGCGCCGGCAUCGGUGGUGGUGGUGGUGGUGGUUUCUCCUUAUCCUCGUUGGACGCGUAUAAGAAAAUCGAGGAUCAUCUCAUGGUGCGAACGACUUCGGGAGCCAUCGUCUCGUUACUCGGCAUCGCGCUGAUGUGUAUUUUAGGCGCGAGUGAAAUUUUGAAUUACAUCACGCCACCAGUGGUGAAACAAAUGGCCGUGGAUGGUACGCAGAACGAAUUGAUGACGGUGAGAAUGGAUAUUACCUUCCCGAGAGUUCCCUGUUCGGUGUUAUCGGUGGACGCGUACGAUCAGUCGGGAAAGAACGACCAAGACGUGAGAGGAGAGUUACACAAGGAAAGACUGAACAAAGACGGGAAAUCGUUAGGGUCGUACGAUAAAGCCGGAGGCGGAGUCACCGAUGAAGAAGACGCGCUCAUACAAGACUUGCAACAGUUCUUCGGCGGCGGAAUGAAGGUUGUCUUUCAGAAACGCGCGGAACAUUCGCGGGAAGUGAAACACGCGGUGGAGAAGAAAGAAGGAUGUCGGUUAUACGGAAGGAUGCACGUGCAAAGAGUCGGUGGGAAUUUCCACAUUUCCGCGCACGCAGAAGAAUACGAGACGCUCCAACACGCGUUUGGUGCGGUGAAUAAAAUCAACAUAUCGCACACCAUCACGCACUUAUCGUUUGGCGCUGGGUAUCCAGGAUUGGUGAACCCGUUGGAUGGCGUCGCGCGAAGCGGAAGUGACGACGAGUUUCACUACGACGAAAGUAGCAAAGAUAGUAGGAGCUCGGAUAGAAAAAACAUAGAGAAAGAAAAGGAGGAGGAAGAGAAGAGGAAGAAAAAAGAGCAAGUUCGAAGAAGCAGGCUCAUGGACUUGACUUGGGAUGAAAACGGAAGCGGAGUGUACAAGUAUUUUCUCAAACUUGUGCCUACGUUUUAUCGAACCCAUAGAAGCGUCUUCUUAGGUUUGUUUAGUUGGACGAAAAGCGUCUCGACGAACCAAUAUUCCGUGACGGAAUACUUUCGUAAAACUGAUGCUUGGUCGGGAUCGUUACCAGCGGUGUAUUUCUUGUAUGACUUCUCUCCUAUCGCGGUAACCAUUGAUACGAAGCGACCGCACUUCGUGUACUUUCUGACUCGUUUAUGCGCCGUCUGUGGUGGCGUGUUUGCGUUUGCACACAUGAUUUCAAACUUAGUAGAUGCACUCUUAACGAUUAUAACGAAGAAGAAACGUUAG